AUGGAAAACCACACGCGACCACUUUCUAAUUCUUUUGAGAAAAAUGGUUUACCUACAAUACAAGAAUGGCACGAGAUACUAAGCGAAUUUCUAAUCAAAGUUGGUUUAUUAGAAACUAAUAGAGCAUUAGAAGCUGAAAUGCUCGUAUUUCCCUCUGCAAAGCGAAAACAAAUGCCAACGCAUAUUGAUUUACUUGUGCAAAAAUUAAGUAUUUGUAAUUCUGAUAUCGAAGUCGACCGAUCAUCAACAUCAACCUUAUCAAAAAUUACGGGCAAGAGGAAAAUAGAAUAUGAUGACAAGCCUGCAAAGCGAAUCCAAAAAAUUGAUCCACUACAAGUUCAAAUAAGGGCUACACAUUCUGAGAUUGAACAAAGAAUUGAAGCUUUUAUGCAACAAAAGAAAUCGGAAAUUAACGAUAGUAAUCGUUCAGAAUUUCUAAGGAAAUCACACGAUCCCAAUGAUAACGAAGCAAUUCCGUUGAAUGUCUAUGAACGCAUACGAGUAUUGGAAGCGAAAAUUAUGCAGCUAGAGAUUGAUCACCCACCCUGGGCUGCAAUUCAUUUCAAUCAACCAAAUCGCCAGUAUCCAACACCGUCAGUAAUGACAAAUGUUAUACGUAACGAACAUAACGAAAUCCUAAAACAGGUUUCAGAUACAAUUCAAUUGAAAGGACGUGCAAAUUCCUCGCUCACACGCUCAAUAAUUCAACAGUUGGAACAGGCAAAAGCAAAAAAAAUGAAACAAUCAGAAAAUGUUUCAGAAAAAGGGCAAGGAUUGACUUCACAACAUUCAUCAGAACAUUUAAACAAUAUACCGACGACGCCUUCGCCAAACAAUCCUGAAAUGACGUCUCCAAUAAUAACAAAUGGAUCACGAAGUAUAGAAAUCUCAUCUAUAAAUAAGAACAAUAUUCAAGAGACAUUGCCAAGUGUUUUCAGCUCCAUGGAAAUUACUUCAACUUCAAAUAAACAAAAUAACAAAUCGUCAAUAAUAAAUGAAAAAGAAUCAGCGAUACACCAAAUCAAUUCCCAUACUAACAAUGGCUUCUUGGAAACAAACAAUAAUGAACUUCAAACUAUGUCAUCAUCCACUAUUAAUAUUUCCAUUCCCAUCACCAAAGCUGAAAAUUCCAUAAUGCCUAAUGGAUCAUCACAUGGAAACAAUUAUGAGUGA